GCUUCAUGCUUAUCACCAAGAUCGUAUAGUGACCCGCCCAAGGGCGCUGCGAAGACCGGAUUCGUGGUUCCAUACAAGUAGAACAAUGGAAAAGUUAGUAUAUAAGCAAAGUGCGGAAGGCAGUACAAUCAUCACCUUCGAAAUGGGUAUCACUCUCCAAUACGCCGUUGGGGGUACCUUCGCCACCACUGCAGUGGUCAUUUGUAUCACCUACGUCGCCAUCUUCAAUGUCAUCAAUGACAUCAACGACUUCCAAGAUGAAAUCGAAAAAGAUCUGGAUCAGUUUAAGAACUUCGCCGACGAUGCUUGGAAGACAAUAAUGGCUGCACAACCACCAAGACAGAAGCGAGCCUCACAAGCCUCACAAUCAAAGAAAAGAGCUGCAUACUCAGAAGGUGCAGGUGCAGUUGGUGCUGGCGGAGGAAGCUGGGGAGGAAGCAGUGGUGGCAGUAGUGGAUGGAGCGGAGUAAGCGGUGGCGGCGGUGGCGGUGGUGGUGGUUGUCAGUGUGCUGCCCAGGCCAGCGGAUGUCCACGUGGACCCCCAGGACCACCUGGACUGCCUGGACACCCUGGAGAAGAUGGCAUGCCAGGAAUGCCCGGAGGAGCAGGACAAAGUGGACAUGCAGCGUCUAUGGGGCAUGCCAUGGGAUGCAUUAGCUGUCCAGCCGGCCCACCAGGUCUACCUGGCCCAGAUGGUGCUCCGGGACCAGCUGGACCAAGUGGUAAUCCGGGAAUGGCCGGAAAUGGAGGAGGAGGAGGUGCUCCUGGACCAGCUGGAGCUCCCGGCGCGCCCGGAGCAAAUGGAAAUCCUGGAGCCCCUGGAAUGGAUGGAGCGCCUGGAGCACCAGGAACUCGUUCAAUGAGCAUGCCCGGUCCUAUGGGUCCACCUGGACCACCAGGAGCACCCGGCAUGCCAGGUACGGAUGGCGGUCACACAGGAGGUGGAGCACCUGGACCUGCAGGAGCGCCGGGACCAGCAGGACAACCUGGAGCACCAGGAGCUCCUGGAGGUGUGGGACAAGCUGGAAUUAGUGGUGCACCAGGAGGUGAUGGAGCAUACUGUCCAUGCCCCGCAAGAACCGGUUCUGGCUUUGGCGGUGUUGGGGCAGGUGGAGGCAGCGGGUUUACCGGCAGUAGCGGUGGAGGCAGAGGCAACGGAUUUAGUGUAACCACUCAGUUCAGCGGACCUGUCGGUGGUGGUGGUGGCGGCAUGCACGGCAUGAACAGUGCUCCAUACAAAAAACGCGUUCGCGUGUAA